AUGAGUAGCGCGGCAAAGAAGAAGGCCGAGAUAGACGAGGCCGUGGGCGAUGCAGCAGUACUGCUCAAAAUCGCCAAGAAAGGCGGUGGGAUGACUGCGCACUCAGCUCUUCGAUUGGUGGGAGUGUCAACCAAAGAUAGACAAAACAAAGCUCUUCAAAAGCGCGUUCAUCGAGCAAGGGACAAGCUCCAUGAUCAACAAAAGAAACUAACAACUGAGUUUGAUCAAAUGGAGUUGGCGGAAGAAGAUCAUCCAUUUCCGAGCUCUCAAGAAAGUGUCAUUCCCAUUGUUCCAAGACUCCCCAAACAACUGAACAUGAGAAAGACUUCCAAACAGGCUGCUGCCCAACGCAAAGCCAAUGUCCAAGUCAAGGACCUGAAAGGCAAGCUGUUCAUGGAGGCGUGUGAGGCUGUCAAGGAAGAGAAUGAGAAAGAGCAAUGA